AUGCUACCGGCUAAUGAGGGCAUACUUCGUCUCGUGUUCGUGCACGCCAAAAGGGUCUUAGUUUCGUUAGCUGGAAGAGCUCUAACGCCGUGCCCGAUUGUUCCCGCGGUGCGCAAGCGCGGGCGCUUCUUAGAAUGCAUAGGGCCCGUAAUCGCUCCCCGCCGCUCCUACAACCGCCGCAAUCUCGUUACGUUAGCGCAUUCUUUG